ACCGAAGCACCUCCGGCAGAGGAAGAAUGGCGGACAGAGGAAGAGCGGACAGUGCUGAGCGCUGUGGCGCCAGAGAUCGUGCAAUCAGUUCGCGAUGAUUACAGCAUAGUGAUGUCGAAGCCUGCAUACUGUGAAGAAUUAGCACUGAAAAAGCAGCUGUGCUAUGAAACCAGCUUGCUUGAAGUCUGGGGUUACAACGAGGACGCCAUCAUGAAUCUCACCGACCACCAGGUCUUAGAGGAUGUCAACAAAGCCUUUAUGAGUAAAGUGUAUGGCUAUCCAUUCGAGCCGGAUGCUUACCUCGGCGGCAUCACAAGAGAUUCCGACGGACGCAUCGUCUCAGCACGGGCGGCGCUGCACACGUGGAUCACCAAGAACCACAUGAAUAAAACUUUGGUGGUGGACGUCGGGACAGGCGAGAUGGUGGACACGGAGGGCUUGGCGUGGGAAAUGGCGCUGGUGGAGGCAGUCCAGGAAGAGGACAUACCUGGUAUCCAUGUCCAUGUUCACGCAGCUUAUAGUUUCGGUGAUGUCAGUGCAAAGACAAUCAUUGGCGAUAUAAAAUGGGUGGCUUGUGGGUGGGCGGCUCUCAUUGUUUACGUGCUUGUGACUUUAGGGCGUCCAGGGCCAGCUCUUGUAGGCCUCUUUUGCGUCGCCCUGGCGGUGGUUGGGGCAUAUGGCACGUGUUCUGCCAUCGGAAUACCGCAUGGCCCCCUAAACAAUGUGCUACCAAUCCUUCUGAUUGGUCUUGGUGUAGACGACAUGUACGUUAUAUCCAAUGCUUGGGAAACCUCCGGCAAUGUGAAACUGCUCGAGCGUGCUGGCCGGGCCCUGCAACAUGCUGGUGUGGCUGUCACUGUCACUUCUCUGUCUGAUGCUGUAGCAUUUCUGGUGGGUGCAACCACGAAGGUUCCUGCCUUACGCUGGUUCUGUGUUUAUGCUGCAGUUGGGGUGAUGACAGUGUACAUCUUACAAGCAACAGUAUUCGUGGCAGCUCUCACUGUUGACCAGAAGUACAGAGAGAAGAAGGAUGAAGACCCAAAGAAGAAAACACCACAAAAGCAAAAACGCACCACGUUUCUGAGUCUAGUCAUGAAGGCCUAUGCUAAUGUCAUAGUGCUACCAUGGAUACAAGCAAUAGUGCUAGUAGCUGCGGCUUCCAUGAUAGGAGCUGGGAUAUGGGGCGCUGUCAGCCUGCGCCAAGAAUUCAGCCCCAUCUGGUUUCUCCCCCGCACGUCGUAUCUUUACCACUGGUUCCAGGCCAUGGACAGACACUUCCCUAGGGAUGGGGAACUUGGCACUGUCUAUUUCUCCAAUGUAAGUUUGCCAAGGGAACUCCCUGCGCUCCGCGAUCUUGCAGCUGACUUGCGCACCUCGCCAUACAUUACACGUGUUGAUGCCUGGUACAGUGUAUUAGAUGUCUAUCUCAUGGAAAGCCUUGAUUACUACAAUGUUACACUGACUGAGGAAGUUCUACACGAUGCACUUGGAAUAUUUCUUCACUCUAAAAGUGGUGCACAGUUUAAUAACAACUUCUUGUUUGAAGAUGAGCUGACUUGUGAGGAUCCUGCACCACCUUUCUCCAUCUUCAAAAUUAACUUUCAAUAUGCAAGGCUAGAAAAUCGAGCCGACCAGCAAGCUGCCAUGAAUCGAGUGAGAGAAAUAGUAUCCUCGGCUGAUAUCUCAGGAUAUCAUGCUGUGUGGGCUCACGUAUACAGCCAGUGGGAAACGGACGCUGCUGUUGGGUCGGAGCUGUGGCGAAACCUGGGCUUGGUUGCUUGCGUGGUCGGGAUAAUGACGCUCCUCCUGCUGGCAGCCCCAAGAGCAGCCUUUCUGGUGUCCUUGUGCGUUCUGGCGACUUUGACGGAGGUGGCGGCGCUUAUGCAUGUGUGGGGACUCACCAUAGAUACCGUCACCUGUAUAGCAUUAGUACUUGCCAUAGGCUUGUGCGUGGAUUAUGCUGCACAUGUAGCACAUGCCUUCUUAGUGGUGACUGGGAGCAGGCGUGCACGCGUGAAAGCAGCGGUAGAAGGCGUUGGACCUGCAGUGUUGCACGGAGGCUUCUCAACAUUGUUAGCCUUUGUCAUGUUAUCACCAUCUGACUCCCACCUCUUUAUCUCUUUCUUCAAAAUAUUCAUCGGUGUAGCUAUUUUUGGACUUUUCCACGGCCUUGUCCUCAUGCCAGUCCUGCUCGCCCUCAUAGGGCCGGAACCCUACCCCGAUUACAAUAGUCCAAACCCACCCUUGACUGCCGUGCAUGUGGUCACGUCGCCAGAAACAUGUCAUGCGAAGCAAACUACUCAAGAGGAUCAUUUCUUGCAAUCUAAUAUAAGUAAGGAACAGAAAAAUACAUUAACACUGAAAACAGAUAAUGGGAAAAGUACCCUCUCUGCCCCUCAGCCAGACCCCACUUCAAUGCAGAAUAACCACGCUACCCUCCCUAAGACUAAACAGAACAUCACAAUUGAAAAUGCUAUGGUUUCCCCGAAGAUACAAGAAAAUAACGCCAUCAAUAUGUUGGCAAGAGACUCUCAUCGUCGUUCUUGUGCGAGAAGAAGCAGCAGUUCUUCUAAAGACAAAGAUGUAAUAGAGCAUGAAAGAGAUAACUUUGGCUUUGAGCCGGAUACCUAG